AGGGCCAAUAUAGCUGGAGGAAUAAUAAGAUGCGCAUGAACUAACUGCGAACUGAGUACGAGAACAAGAAAGUUUUGACGGAGUUAAAUACUGGAAAUGUUACUUAGAGUUCGCUUAUUAUUGUUAGUUCAAGCAAACUAAGGACGAGGCAGCUGUAGUAGCAACAGUUUAUUUGUAAAUGUACCAUUUAUUUUCACGUAAAUUCAAUUUUGUGCCAUCUCCUCCAACAACGGAUAAAGGGUAUUUUGUUACUAUGUUUCCGGUGGCUCUAGGAAGAAUACGGGCAAUACCGAAGCAGCACAAAGAAGGUCCGUCCUCCACUAAAAGUUUAACCGAGUAAGCCUGCAAACAUCCCCCAGCUUCCCCCAGGAGGGGCAUAGUACAUUGAACGCACAAGAACAUAUUAUAGCCCAAAUGAAGAAGAUGCUGGUAUCGCAUUGACUCCCCUUCGCCCAUAUUCCAUUCAAACUGUUUUAUUUCAAUAUGAAUACAAUUUCAGACCGCAAAACGACAUCUACGUUGGUGACAGAAACGACCGUCGUCACCAAAUCAAAGAAAACGGCGUUUAUUUAUUGGCUCUAUUAAUCCUGUUAUACAUCCUACCCCCGCUGCUCGAGUAGAGUGGUCGAAAAUGAAGCGACCAAACAGCUGUAGCUGAAACAACUUGUAGAACCAGGAAUUUUCCUCUUUUUAACAUCAAAACGGAAGAAAGCCAAUGUCUACCUGUAACGACUCGCCUCCUCCGUCAUUUCCAAGAGCGUUUUCCCUUGCUCAGCAUCCAGCUGCUCCGUCAGCGCCUUCUCCGUCUGCCAGCCCACCGGCGCCGCUCUAUCACCGCUUCUCUAACGGGAUCAUUAGUGCUCCGAGCCGCAGCAGCUACCGGAGCUCGUUCCGCGGGGUCUCUUUUCUGCUCCAGAUCGGUCUCACCAGAGAAACUGUCACCCUCGAAGCUGGCGAUGUGUCACUUUCCGCCGUAAAAGACCUCGUCUGCUCCAUAGUGGAUCAGAAGUUCCCCGAGUGCGGAUUCUUCGGGAUGUAUGACAAGAUCCUGCUCUUCCGCCAUGACUUGAACAGUGAGAACAUUCUGCAGCGUCUGACGUCAGCCGAGGACAUCCACGAGGGGGAUCUCAUUGAGGUCGUCCUUUCUGCUCUAGCUACUGUCGAAGAUUUCAAGAUCCGCCCCCAUGCGCUGUACGUCCACUCCUAUAAGGCGCCCGCCUUCUGCGACGACUGCGGUGAGAUGCUGUGGGGUCUUGUCCGGCAGGGCCUCAAGUGUGAGGGAUGUGGGCUGAACUACCACAAACGCUGUGCCUUUAAGAUCCCCAACAACUGUAGCGGGGUCCGGAAGAGGCGCUUGUCCAAUGCGUCUCUGCCCGGGCCCCUUCUCUCAGUGCCCCGCUCAGCCCCAGUGGACUACACCGGCUCAGCUCCCGAGGAGCGGUCCCAGCAGGAGGCGGGGAAGCGCAUCCCAUCGUGGAGCGGCCGGCCCAUCUGGAUGGAAAAGAUGGUGCUGGGUCGGGUCAAGGUGCCCCACACCUUUGUGAUGCACUCAUACACACGGCCAACCAUCUGUCAGUACUGCAAGCGGCUACUCAAGGGCCUCUUCCGCCAGGGCAUGCAGUGCAAAGAUUGUAAAUUUAAUUGCCACAAACGAUGUGCACCAAAGGUACCGAGAAACUGUCUGGGUGAAGUGGUCUUCAAUGGAGAGCCAGCCAGCCCAGGCCCAGAGUCUGAGAUGGCCAUGGAGGUGGACAGUAGUGACUCCACCAGCAACGGGCCCCGAGGCCUUGACGACAGUGAGGAGCCCCCAACCCCUGAUGAUAAGAUAUUUUUCAUUGAUCCGUCUUUCCUGGAGGGAGACAGAGAUGAGGAGACGAUCAAGGCCAUCAGCCCCUCCACCAGCACGAACAUCCCCCUAAUGCGGGUGGUGCAGUCCAUCAAGCAUACCAAGAGGCGGAGCUCCACCGUAGUGUGCGAGGGCUGGAUGGUGCACUACACUAGCCGAGAUAACCUGAGAAAGAGGCAUUACUGGAGACUGGACAGCAAGUGUCUGACCCUGUUUCAGAAUGACACCAGUUCCAAAUUUUACAAGGAGAUCCCCCUAUCGGAGAUCCUACGGGUGGAUGCUGCUCAGGACUUCAGCAGCCUCGCCCAGAGUGGGAACCCGCAUUGCUUUGAGAUCAUCACCGAUGGCGUAGUGUACUACGUGGGGGAGAACAGCCGCAGUCGCCCCCUCAACCCUGCCUUAGCUGCCGCGGGGGUGGGUCUGGAGGUGGCUCAGGGCUGGGAGAGGGCUAUCCGGCAGGCCCUUAUGCCUGUGACGCCGCAAUCCAGUGACAGUGCAGCCUCUGGACUGGACAAAGACUGCAGAAAGCUCUCCAUCAGCAUAUCUGUAUCCAGGUCUGAAGUGAAGGAGAAUGUGGAUAUCAGCUCUGUCUAUCAGAUCUUUGCUGAUGAAGUGCUGGGGUCCGGUCAGUUUGGAAUUGUAUAUGGAGGCAAACACAGGAAAACUGGACGAGAUGUUGCCAUCAAAGUGAUUGAUAAAAUGAGGUUCCCCACCAAGCAGGAGAGCCAGCUGCGGAAUGAGGUGGCCAUUUUACAGAACCUCCAUCACCCUGGGAUUGUGAACCUGGAAUGCAUGUUUGAGACACCUGAACGGGUUUUUGUUGUCAUGGAGAAACUCCACGGUGACAUGCUUGAGAUGAUUCUCUCGAGUGAAAAGAGCAAGCUCCCGGAACGCCUCACCAAAUUCCUGGUCACCCAGAUCCUUGUAGCUCUGAGGCACUUACACUUUAAGAACAUUGUCCACUGUGACCUGAAACCUGAAAAUGUUCUUCUGGCUUCAGCUGAACCCUUCCCACAGGUAAAGCUGUGCGACUUUGGCUUUGCACGCAUCAUCGGGGAGAAGUCGUUCCGCCGCUCCGUGGUCGGCACGCCUGCCUAUUUGGCUCCUGAGGUCCUGCGUAGCAAAGGGUAUAACCGCUCGCUGGACAUGUGGUCAGUGGGCGUCAUCAUCUACGUCAGCCUGAGCGGCACCUUCCCCUUCAAUGAGGAUGAGGACAUCAAUGAGCAGAUCCAGAAUGCUGCCUUCAUGUACCCUUCAACACCAUGGAAGGAGAUCUCUAUAGAAGCCACAGAUCUGAUCAACAACCUCCUGCAAGUAAAAAUGAGGAAACGAUACAGCGUGGACAAGUCCCUCAGCCACCCUUGGCUACAGGACUAUCAAACAUGGCUUGACCUCCGAGAAUUUGAGACGCGGCGGGGAGAGCGAUACAUCACGCAUGAGAGUGAUGACGCCCGCUGGGAGAAGUAUGCUAACGAGCACAACCUGUCCUAUCCCAAGAACUUCAUUAUGGCACCCAACUUAGAAGACAUGGAGGAGGACCCCUAGAGACCAGGAGGACUGCCUGUAUGCCUUUUUGCCUCACUGGCAACUGAUUAGACUGCAGGAGACAGUUUACCACAUGGCAGACAGGGAACCAAUCUAACUCCAGUUGGGCACACUUGUGGAGUGACCUGGAAGUGGUUAGAUUCCUUCAACGUUCCAGAAUAUUGCGAAACAUUGCAAAGUAUUUUCUUAUUAUUUUUUGACUGCCUUUUCCACAUCAUAAGAGACUGACUUAUACAAGUAACCUCCAAUUUUCAAAACAUCAUAGUAUUCCUUUCUGAGUUUAGUAAUAGCGAAUGCAUGGUUACUUGUCAUACGAAAAGGCUCAGCGAUUAGAGCAAUCAUUUUAUUUUGAUAUAUUCUUCUAGAAAAACUGAAAAAUUAUUUUUAAGUAUUGAAGUUACAGGUCUUUUUGCCUAGUCAAACAGUACUAUUAAGGAACAUUUUCCAAUAUUUGUUUCAUUAUAAAAAAACUGGAAUUAGUAUGUAUUAAAUACAUACUCUGCAUUGAUUGGGGGUUUAAAUGUUUGCACUAUAGGUCAACUGAUUUUCUGACUACCAGCUUUAUGGACAUCCUGGUGAUAAAUGGCUGCUAACUAGUUCGCUUUCCCUUCCUGAGAAAAAGGCUAUAGGAGACAAAUCAGAGAAAAGACUGAGGUCUAAAAAUGUACAUAUUUGCUUUACCGUAUUAGAUACAGUGUACCAGAAGACCAUAUUAAACCACCAUUUUAAGUAGUUACAUAUGUUUGGAAGACUGAUGACCUUUGUGACGUUUCGAUGAGGAAUGUAAGACUGUAAAACAUUUUCUUUGGCAAGGAUCUUUGAAAGUUGAAUAAAUAAUUAACAUCCAGGAAAGAGUGCAUUUCAAAACAAUUACAGGGGAGAUGGAAAAUUAAUUUCCCCAGUUUUCAUGUUGAUCGCUGCAGAAUUAGAUUGCCAUAACUUAUUUUGUCUUGUGAUAUUGGUCAAUAUUGUUUGUGUAUUUGUUUUUUUGGUGGUGUUUUUUAAAUUGAAUUCUUUGUCAUUCUUGCGUUUCCCUUACAGUGACAGGUUACUUACGGAUUGCUAUGUGCUCAUUAGCAUUGCUAAUAUACUGUGCAUACUGUGCUGAAAUGGAACAUGUCCUUUGCCCAUAGGAUGACAAGCAGCUGGAUCUGAAACAUUUACAUUAAGUAAUGAUGCAUGUAAAAACAGUCAACACCGCUGUGAGAUUAAUGGCUCUUAGCACCAGGGUAUCAGAAGGAGGAACUCAUCAAAUGUCCCUUCAGUUACUGUUAAGAUGUUGAGCUGCUUCUUUAAUCAAAAAAACAAGGCUUUGAUAAUCAGUGAUUCCAAACAUUCCUCCCCAGGCAGAUAAUAUUCUGAGGAUGUUUUUUGAUGGCCCAUGUGCCUCACUUCCAACCACUGCUCAACUGAUUGGCCUAAAUACACCAAUGAAGAAGCAAAGCUGCUUAACAGUAGGCCCUCAGUUAAGGCUGGACUGAAUGUGGCAGCACGCCAUGACUCAAAAGGCCUCCUCACUGGAGCAUCGUUCCCAUCAUUCAUUAGCUCCUCCAUUUAUGAUUGUUUAAAAAUAAACACAUUCUGUACUUGGAAUAGCAAAAACUACCAAUCAUAUGCUCUUUAUGAGCAAUCUAUUACAGAAACCUCCACAGAGCAACCCUGCAUAAAAACAUCCUCUCGAAAGCCAGCUUUUCUUUCUCCAUUAUGACAUCAGCCAGUGAGUCUCACAUUUAGAAAGCAAAAGGACCCCAGUGUGAAAUGACUUUAAAUAACAGAUCAGAAAGAAGUCCUUAACGUUUCAUUGUUUAGCGGGAGGCCGUAGCAUUUUGGGUAAAAACAUUCUCUCUUCUCUAAAGAAUCACAGAGUAAAUAAAUGUUGCUGUAGACACACCAAGCAAAUUUGAGGAGUUUGUAUGACUGUAUCCUGAGAUCUCUUUCCAUGUUCGUGUUGCCGCUGGAUUGGCAAGUGUCGGUGUCUUUUUUUAUGUUUUAUUUACAGAUUUAUUAAAACGUCAUCUUGUA